AUGGCACAGCCCGCAGCACAUGCGGUGCUCCACACCGUUGAGUUACUGCAAGCUAUCUUACUGAGCCUCGAUACCAAAACAUUACUCCUGAGCCAACGCACAUGCAAGACAUGGCAGGAUGUCAUCGCCGACUCGAUUCUUCUGCAGGAGGCUCUCUUCUUCCGACCAGCGCCACCGCCUGAUCAUACCGACUGCAAACCGCAAUUCGAUGCACUGGCUUCUGAAGUCUUCCAGCUGCGCAAGCUCAAGCCAGGUUUCCCGCAUAUCAAAGCCAAACACCGGCCCAAGGAGUAUAUCAAUCCAUGGAUCACUGGCAGCUUCCGCCACAUGCUCAUCACUCAGCCUCCAGCGCAGGUGGUGUGGCUGCAUACACGCCAUGGAGGGGUUUGCGUCAGCGGCCAGACUGUCAAUGCAAGGGAUGGUGAGGGUGUGACCAUUGGAGAUGUCUUGGACAAGCUCGAAAAGCUAUCGGGCGGAAAGCCCAACAAGACGAGGGGAGUAAUCACGUCAGUGUCGGUGGGAGAAAAAGUUGUUGUCAAGCCGCCAUUCGGCUGGUAG